AUCAGCAGCAGCAAAGGCUGAAUAUGCUCGCCUCUUCCUUGCCCCAGAUGAGCCUAGCGAGGCAGAAGCAGCAGCUGCAGCAGCGUCUGCAGCAGCAACAGCAGCAGCAACAACAACAGCACUAGCAGCGAAAUUCCGAGGCAAACCACAGGUGAAUUCUUCCCCUUGCGCACCGAUCCAAGAAAUAUCUCCUACAGCAGCUGCAGCAGCAGCAGCAGCAACAGAAGCAGCAUCGAGAGCGCCACCCGCUGAAGCAGCAGCAGCAGCAGCAGCAGCAGCAGCAGCAGCGGCAGACAGUUGCAAAGAAGAGUCUGAGUAUGAGCGUUUGCGUCGCCUUUGCUUCGAGUCCGAAGUAAUAGGGGACUAUGACUCAGCCAUUAGCUACCACAAGCAGCUGCUGCUGCUGCAGCCAGCAGCAGCAGCAGCAGCAGCAACUUCGGAUCCGCAGCUGCACGUGGAGUUUGCCUCGCUGCUGCUGCGCGCCAAUCAAGCCAACAAGGAAGUAGCAGAAGGCGCUUUGCUGCAGGCUGUCAGCAAAUUCGGGGGGCUGCAGCAGACCCCUAUCGAGACCCUCUUAAUGCUAGGCUGCCUCCUCCUUGACUGCAACAAACCGAAUGAGGCCCAGGGUAUCUUUUCAGUAGCAGUGAACAGGCAGUUGCUGCUGCUGCAGCAGCAGCAGCAACAGCAGCAGCAGCAGCAGCAGCAACAGACGGCGGAGCUCGCCCAGCAGCAGCCCGAGGACGCGCCCGCUCGCUCUUCCUCAACAUCAGACUCUACUGCUGCUGUUGCUGGCAGCAACCAACAGCAGCAGGAGCAGCAGCAGGAGCAGCAGCAGGAGCAGCAGCAGGAGCAGCAGCAGCAGCAGCAGCAGCAGCAGCAACAGCAGCAGCAGCCAGACCCCCCUCUGUCUUUGUGCUUCUUUUGUCUCUGUCUCUCUUACUUGCUCGGAGGAGACAUGAGUCGUUUCGAAGCAGCAUUUGCCCUCGCGCUGCAGCCUGCUGCUUUCUACCUGCAGCAGCAGCAGCAGCAGCUGCAGCAGCUGCAGCUGCUGCAGCUGAAGCAGUCAGAGACGACGCCGCCCGACACUAAAGCCGCUACCCAGCAGCAGCAGCAACAGCAGCAGCUACAGCAGCAAAAACUGUGGACUGAGUGGACGCAGCAAGAGAUCAACCAGCAGUUUCCGAGCCUGCCCGAGGCCUGGCUGCUGCAGCUCGAAGAAGGGCCUGGAGGUUUGCUGCUGCUGCUGCUGCUGCUGCUGUGCAAGUGGGGUUUGGGGGAACUCGUGCUGCGGCUGCUGCGCGAGCCUUCUUUGCUGCCUGCUGCUGCCAGCAGCAGCAAACUGCUGCUACUCUGCGAAGCCCAGGCCCUCAUGCUCUGCAAGGCUGAGGGGGCGGCUGCUGCUGCUGCUGCUGCGCUGCUGCUGCGGGGCCCCACAUGUCCCUUUUCUUUGUCUUUAGCAGCAGCAGCAGCAGCAGAAGCAAACCAAACCCUCAAAGCUUUUUAUUUAUUUCAAAAAAGUCUCAAAACUUCUCUUCCCUCCACAGACGCUGCUCUUUACCUCCGCUGCGGACAAGUCGCCUUUCAACUCGACCGGGGGUCUAUUGGCUGCGAAUAUUUUUCCAAGUCGCUGUCCCUCUGCGAGACUGCUGAAGGCUGGCUGGGUCUGUCAGCAUGUUUGCUGCUGCUGCACCAGCAGCAGCAGCAGCAGCAGCUGCUGCUGCAGCAGCAGCAGCAACAGCAGCAGCUGCAGAAGCAAACAUUCAGCAGCUUGUGCAGAGCUGCAGCGCUGCUGGAGGAGGAGGAGCAGCAGCAGCAGCAGGAGCGGGAGGAGCGUGAGCAGCAGCAGCUAGAGCGGCAGCAGCGGCAGCAGCAGCAGCAGCGGGAGAAGGAGCAGCAGCUGCUGCAGCAGGCGCUGCAAGCAGCAGCAGCAGCAAACCGACUCAACCCCAGCAGAGCUGAACCCUGGGGAUUCCUCUGUCUUGCUUCUUUGCUGCUGCAGCAAAACCGCCAAGCAGCAGUUUGCUGCCGCUGCUUCAUGCGGGGCGAACUGCGAGCAGCAAAUGUGUUGGCGAGCCACAGCAGCAUUAUAUUUCGGGACUCCUUUUGGCCGCCUCCUCCGUUUGCUGCUGCUGCUGCUGCUGCUGCAGCGGCGACGGACGCAGCAGCAGCAGAAGGUGCAGCAGCACCGCCCACGCCUGCUGCAGCAGAAAGCAGCUCCCCCAGAGAAGCUGCUGCAGCAGCAGGUCUUGCAUGCACCUGGUACGGGGGGCUCAGGCUGCGGCUUGCUGCUGCGCUGCUGCAGCAGCACCAGGAGCAGCGCCAAGAGCAGCAGCAGCAGCAGCAGCAGCAGUGGCUUCGACCUCUUGAGACAGCUCGGGCGCUCGUGCUUAUGAAUACUCCAGCAGACAUUGAUGCUGAAAUGACGCAACAGACGCUGCUGGGGCUGCUUGAAGCAGAAGAAGGAAAUCUUGUUGCUGCGCUGCAGCAGUUUGCUGCUGCAGUGUCUUCCAUAAGGGAAGGCUUCAAGCAGCUGCAGCAGCAGCAGCAGCAGGCGCCGUAUGAGGAGCAGCAAAACGAGGAGGAGCAGCAGCACGAGGAGCAGCAGCCGCAGCAGGAGGAGCAGCAAGGACGUGGGAAGGAGCAGCAGCAGCGGCACCAACUGUGGCGGCAGCACGAGGAGCAGAAGGAGCAAGAAGAGGAGCAGCAGCAGCAGCAGCAGCAGCGGCAGCGGCAGCUGAUGCUGCUGCUGCUGCGCUCAGACUUCUUGGCCCGCCAAGCUGCUGCUUGUCUCCUUCGGCGGCCCCACACACAUGAAGAGACACCUGAGCUUCAGCAGCUGCAGCAGGCAGUUGCUGCAGCAGAUCUCGAGUUAAGGGAAGAGAUAGAGCAGGCGAUGCAGCAGCAGCAGCAGCAGCAGCAGCAGCAGCAGGAGCAGCAGGAGCAGCAGGAGCAGGAGCAGCAACAGGAGCACAACGAGGAGCAGCAGUAG